AUGACCAAUCCGUCUCAGCUGUUCCUCCUUGCAGACCACAUCAAGCUGUCGCUUCUCGAACGGCAGCGGGCCAUUUCGCUAGACUUGGAGCCAAAUACACAAGACGGAGAGAUUUCUCGGUCGCUCGAAUCGUUACGUGAUGGGCUCGAAGGGUUAGAGAAUGACAGCAAUCUGGACGCGGAUGCGCAGGACCAGGUGACGAAUCUUCGCAACCAGUACGGCGAUCUGGCAUCGCAAUUCUACGGCGAAGACCGACCGACCGAUACCACCAGGGUGCCCAACGAUCCGUUGCUGGCGCCAGACUUUGCACACGCCACGCGCGGAACUAACCUGCAGCAACCGGUGCCCCAGCAUCCCGUGUCCAAGUCGGUGCGGUUUACAGACGCAGAUCCUGUCGAUGAAGAACACGAGGCCAACCGAGCCGCCCUUCUCCGGCCAUACCGAGACGAGCCGUCGCCCGAUCAGGGCCUGGAUGCCAGCGGGCUGAGCAACCAGCAGAUCCACGAGCACCAUCAGCAAGUCUUGCGUGAGCAGGAUACUCAUCUCGACUCGCUGGGCGAGUCGAUUGGACGUCAACAUCAACUGAGUAUCCAGAUCGGCGAUGAGCUAGAGGGACAAGUUGCGCUGUUGGACGAUGUCGACAAUAACGUCGACCGGCAUCAGGGCCGGAUCGAUACGGCUCGACGCCGCUUAGACAAGAUCCGACGAAAGGCGGGGGAUAACUGGAGUUUGAUGACGAUUGUGGGGUUGAUUAUUAUCUUGGUUAUUUUGAUUGUUAUUCUGAAGUAG